AUGGAAGCCAAUAAAGAAACUAUCAAAAGAUGCUUACUAUCUGAGCCAAAGUACGUUGAACACUGGUACUGUUUUGACACGAUCGGAUCUGAGCUUUUUGAGAAAAUUACAUUGGAACAUCCACACUAUCAUCUUUACAGUGUGGAAAAGGAAAUUCUGAAAAAGCACGCAGAUGAAAUCGUCUCGGAUUUGCAAGAUGCUAGCGUUUGCGAGCUAGGUGCUGGAAAUGGUGAUAAAACCAUCCCUCUGUUUUCAUCGUUAUUGAAAAACAAUAAAUCAAUCACCUAUAUUCCAAUAGAUGUAGCUAAAGAUUUCAUGGAACACCACGCAGACCUAUUAAUGAAGCAGUUCCGUGGUUUGAAAGUGAAACCGUUUCAUGGGCUGUACGCCGAUGGUUUGCAACAUGUCAAGGGUUUAAAUCAGCAAAAGCUGAUAUUAUUCAUUGGUAACAGCUUCGGUAAUAUACCGAUGAACAAUAUGGAAUCGUUUUUGAGCAAGUAA